ACACAGCUGAAAUUUGUUAUGUUACAAGAAGACUAUAAAUUAUAAGAGAAAUUUUAACCUAAUAAAAGCUAGUAGACCUUUUCACCACAAACAGUUUUCUUCACAUAAGUUCCAAUUUAACACAUUUGUAGCAUUGGAUAAAAAUAUCAACAAAGCACUUUUUUCAAUCCUAUAAAUGUAUGUUGAUAAAACUACUUUUAAAGGGAGCAGAGAAAUUUGAAAACAAUUGUAUUGAAAAAAGACUGCUUUUGAGUUCCAAACUUCUUUUGUUACAAUGGAAAACUUUAACUACAUUAUGAGAGACCAAGAAAUAAGAGAGAGCAGUUCAGAAGACUGUGCAUCAGCAAUACUGGAAUCACAUGGACCAAACAAAGAUGUUAGAGAGAUGUACCCUUUUAAUCACCAGGUUGGAGGCCAUUCACAGAUGCUGCUUUUGGAACCAGACACUUUGUGCAAACCUCUCAUUCAGCAAGAGCUUCAUUUCUAUCUUAAUGUUCCUAGAGAAAUGAAACACUUCACACCACGUUAUAAAGGGGUUAUCCAAGUUAGUGAAUUAGAUAACAGAUCAGUUAUUGUCCGUUCAACAAAACACAAAGACAUUUCAACAAAAGACCAAUGCAGUCUUAAGAUGAGGGAAGUCAGUAGAAAGUUCAAAUGGAAUGCUGAGGAAAAAUUUAGGGUAAAAGUUUACAAUUGUGAAGAUGAAGUAAUGUUACUCCAAGGUUCUUACUCUCAUUAUUGGGGUGAUCACAAUGCACAUAGUUACAAAUUAAAUCAGAAACAUUUUUUACUUUUGGAAAACGUUACAUACCGAUUUCGCAGACCUUGCAUAUUGGACCUCAAGAUGGGCACAAGACAACAUGGUGAUGAUGCAUCAGAAGAAAAGAGGCACAGACAAAUAGCUAAAUGUGCAUCAAGCACUUCUUCAGUACUAGGUGUCCGUGUAUGUGGAAUGCAGGUUUAUCAAGCUGAUUGUCAAGCUUUUUUGUGGAAGGACAAAUACUAUGGCCGUUCCUUGGAUGAAAGUGGAUUCCAAAACACAUUAUUUCAGUUCUUCCAUAAUGGUUUCACGUUGCGUGUAGGUGUAAUAGACACAGUGAUUGAGAAGCUGCAAGAAUUGCGGAGAGCUGUUGAAAAGCAGCAUUCAUUUAGGUUUUAUUCAAGUUCUUUGCUUAUCAUCUAUGAAGGCUGUGGAGAAGACGAGGGUGAAACAGAAGACUUGCUAGAGGAUGGUUUAGAAAUGCCUCUUGUCAAAAAUAAUCCUUGUCAAUCUGAGUCUUUUAUUGUAAGAAGAAAUUGUAUUAAAAAAAAAUAUGCUGAAGAGGAUUCAAUGACAAAACAACAGGAUAUGGAGAGGUUUUACUCCUCUGUGGAUGUAAGAAUGAUUGAUUUUGCUCACACUACACAUGAAGGUUAUGAAGGAGAUACUGAUGUUCAUAGAGGUCCAGACAAAGGUUACUUGUUUGGAUUGGAUAAUCUAGUUCGUUUGCUACUUGAGGUUCAAGGGAUGUGGCAAGAAAGUAACUUGAAGUAAAGAAAAUAUUUCUACUGAUAUUUUACAUAGAAUGAUAUCUAUAAUGUCAUGAAAAUUUAGAAAGGAAGUUAUUUAAGAGAGUGAAUUUAUGCUCCCCCCCCAAAAAUAAAUAUAGGGAUUUUAGUCUCCAGUUUAAUAUUUAAUUUGAUAUUGUUCAUAUGCAUCAUACAUGAACAACUAUCAUAUGGUUUAUGUCCUUUAAAACAAAGUAUUAUCAUUUGAUAUGAAAUAAAAAAUGAUGAUAAAUUUUAUAAUUAACAAAAUUAAGGUUUCAAAUCAGUUUGGGUGGUUUAUUUACUUUGAAGAAUUAUUUCUAUUUAUUUUACUAAUUGUUAUUGAAGUUUUUCAUUUUAUAAUGUUAGUAUGUAAAAGAUGACAAAAAAAAUUGUUUAUUAAUUUAAUUGCUCUUUGUGUUCAUUUUCAAAACAAGUUCAAAAUAAGUUUUGAAUGUGCUAAUGUGUUCAGUUUUUUAAAAGACCCAUUUUUUGGUGUAACUGUUCAUGAAAAUGAAAAAUUUCAAAUUAUAGAAAUGUUUUAUUCUAAGGUUUUAUCUAUUUGCAAAACAAAGAAUCCAAUUGAUUUGAAACAUUCACUCAAAUAGUUUAUAAGUUUAGUUUAGUUUGUGUAUGUGAUAAUUUUUCAUGAACUAACACACCCAAAAUUAUAUAUAAUACAUCUGAUGUCACUGUGAUAAACCUAAGAGGUUCAUGCAUUUUAUUUUUAUUAUAAGUUUGAUUUAUUGUAAUGUAUGAUGUAAAGGUUAAUGCAUUUCUUAUGCAUACAUAAACAUAGGUGAUGGGUGUUUUGUUUCAAAUAGAAAAAAAGGGGGAGAGGCUUGUGCUUACCAGGAUUUAUGACUUGUAGCAUCGGAGAAGUUUUGUGUAUUUAUUCCAGAUAUAAAUUGAGUGUUAAACAUCUUAAAGUUAACACAAAGAGAAAAUCAUACCUGAAUAAUUUUCUUAAUUGCAGUCAAACAUGUGCAAUCAAUAUUUGUAUAUUAUGUAUUAGAUAAAUAAGCUAAUUAUAACUACCACCAGCUUUAUUUAAGGGAUGUAUAAAUAUCUUCUUUAAAAGUGUGAGGUUAUUUGAAUAGCAGUUGAUUUUUGGUUCAGUCACCACUGAGGCUACUAUAUUUUCAUAUAUCAGAGGAGUUCUAAAAUUCAUUAUAUUUCAGCAGCAGUAAAUAUCACAUUGCUAUGGCUGAUAAAUUUUCCACUUGUAUGUCUAUCUUCAUUCAUUAGUUGGUAACUUAGUAUGUUCUAUUGCUUGUGUAUUUAGGUUUUGGUUUUAAACUAUUUUUAUAACUUCAAUGGUCCAACUAAAUACCAUUUUCACAAAGUUCAUUUGUAAUUGCAAGACUGAAAAACAGCAGUUGUAAGUAUAUGUAUGGAUUUAAGUAAUUUUUUUAGAUAUGUGUUGGCAGUCUUUUAUGGAUGUGGAGCAGUUACUGUAACAACUGUUGCUUACCCACUUCUACUCUGCAUAUGUGUGUGUGUAAAUCACUCUUAACUGCACUUUUAUGUAUCUGUUACAAGCACUAUAUAUGUAAUGCCUCAGGUCUUUGUUUACAUUUGAUUGUUUUGAAUUGUUACCUUUAUACAAUAACAUAUACUUAACACGACAAAGAUGACCAACAUAGUAGGAAUUUAUGGACUUCAUAGGUUACAACAAUAUAAUGAUAAAAGGAUUUUGUACAUUCUUUGAGCACGGAUCAUUCUUUACAGUGUUAAAAUGUUUCACUUUUCAUUAAAUUUUAGAAUGUUACAACAUGUAUGUUAUUAAAUGAUUGAAUUGACUUUUGUAGGUUUCUUAGCACAGCCUUAUUUUUGCUUCAGAGAUUUUUCUAGAUAUAUUUAAGAAUGAUAGUUCGGUUGUUUAUAUAUUUAAAAAAACUUGCAUAAUUAAUCUCAUGUCUUUUUUUUUUCCAUCUAAGAUUAGAUCCUAGAUUUAGUAGUACCUCCCACUGAUCAUCAUAAGGUUGGUUCAAGCGUAACUUGUAAAACAAGGAAUGCUAUUGAUUUAGUUGUAAUUAUAUGUAGUAUAAAACGAGGUUUGAAAAGUUUAACUGUUUAUGGCAGUGGUCUGAGGAAAGGUUGCAUAAUUAUGGAAAAGCAACAUCAGUAUAGUGUAUAGAACCCACUUUGGUCUGCUGAGGUAAAUAUAAAUUUCAGGUGGUCCGCAGACAAAACUGUUUGAAAACCACUUCCUUAAGGUAUCAAAUGCAAUAAAUACUUAUUAGAAGUUUCUAAAUAUCACAAAAGAUCUAUUGUUUCUUCCAUCUUUGGUUAUUUAUCACUUCCAUUUAAUACCUGUGCAUUUAUACUUUUUCCAUCGUAUAAAUUUAGGGUGCACACCUCACAGUGUGUAGAUUGCAGGUUUGAAUUCCGUCACUGAACAUCGUUGCCCUUUCAGCCACUGGAGCAUUAUAAUGUGAUGGUCAAACCCACUACUUGAUUAGACCAGCCCAAGUAUUGGUGAGUGGUUGACUAGCUUUCUUCCCUCUAGUCUGUCACUUUUAAAUUAGGGACAGCUAGUGCAGUUAAUCCUCGAGAAGAAACAAUAUAUUUUGAGCUCCAAUACAUUGUGAAAAUAUUUUAUACAGUUUUAUUGGAAGUAUUACAAUAUUAUCAUAGUUUUCACCUUGCUGAAGGUGAAGUACCUUGAGUGCUUCGAUAAGAAGUGAUCUACGUAAAUAUAAUAUAUUUGUGGUUUAGGGAACUUUCUAAAAGAAGCGUGUUGAUAAAAGUUUAGCGAUUUCUAUAGUUUUAAAAUGGAAUGUAUGUAGUUAGGUAUAAGUGUUAGUUAUCCCGGUGCAGGCAGUCUGGUUGAUAUAUAUUUAUAAUUAUAAUAAUCACAAGAUUCAAAGAUGAUCACUAUGUAGGAUGGCACAAUGCCAUCAUGAUAGAAGGCAAGAUAUACAUAAAACCUGCCUGGUCCUCUUGCAACCUAUAAAAUGCAAAGAGAAAUAUUUUGCAUUGACAGAGUGGUGAUUAUGGUUGAAAGUGAUGUCAUACUUUCUUGGUGCAACGGCUCUGAUGAUAUAAAUACACCAACUUUAUUUUGUUUUUUAAUAAUGUUCUAUUUCAAUGGAGGUAGUGAAAAACAAUGAAAAGCAGAUAUAUCUCUUUUACUCCUGAUAAUCAUUCAGUGUUUUUUGUUGUUGUUUUCUAAACUGAAAGGCCAUUAUAAAAAAUAAAUAAAUACAUGUAUUUUACUAAAUUUUAGUUACCGUUAAAUUGUCAUAAAUUUAUUUUUACGUAGAACAAAAAUAAUAAAACAAAUUUAUUUGUAUGUAGUUAGAUUCAUAUCAGAGUUGUGCUUCCAUACGAAAAACAAACGUACAAUUCUUCACACACUAGGGUUGGUUUGUUUAUUCUACAUUUUUUGUUGUUGUUUUGUUUCAUAAAUGCUUGUAAUAAUGUUAGUCAUUAUUUCUAUUCUGUCAGAAGUUUUUAAUAUACUAGUGAUUUUAUUUAAAUAUUAUCAUUAUUUUCCUUAAACGUUUGAUGAUUCAGUUUCAUUCUAACUUUACUUGAUUGCUUUGGGAGUUAUUGUUAGGUAUUUAAUAACUUUGGGAUCAUAUUUAUAUAUAUAUAUACAUUAAUGAAUUGUGUAAUAUAUUUGCACUUAAUAAUUUUCUGGUCACGUUUUCUUUGUUGUUUAUUUUUAUUACUGGGAGAUAUUUCCCAAGAAUAGAUAUGUUACUAAAUUUAACAAAUGUAUUUGUAUGGAGUUGCAUUAAAGGAAUUGUAUUGUCGUAA